AAAACUUCAGCUCCAGGGAGAUUCGGACCGCUAUGCUUACCGCGCCUCCCGAACCCGGCGCCCCUGAAAGAAGCCCCGCACCCGCAUCUGCCGCCGCACUCGCCUCUCGCGCGGCCCCGGGGGCCCGGCGCCCGGAUCGGCGGUGACUGCGUCCGCGCGGAGCACCCAACCAGGGGGCGGGCAGGGGGCGGGCAGGGGGCGGGCAACGUGGCCACGGGAGGAAGUUUCCUUAAGUUGUCGCUUUAUUCCGGAGCCCGGCCCGCGACCCGGUCAGAUCGGUGAGGCCGCCUUGCCCGGUAGAAGAAGUCGGAGUUGGGGUGCCAAGCGGGGAGGUGCCCCGAGACCAAGAGCGGCUUCAUCCUCCUCUUUGCUCGCCCCUCGCCUUCCCGGAGCGCCGCGGGGAUCGGACUUGUACUAAAGAAGAGGAGGAAGGGUUGGGGUCGCCAGCGUCUCCCCUCCCCGGUGGAUACCGCUCCGGGCCGGAGCCGCGUAGACAGCCUCCCGGGACGUAGCCACGGGGUACCGGACCUCACCAGGAUUAUAAAACUGUUCGGAAGACUAAUCCCCCGAAGAAAAGGCUGGUUGCCAUGUGGGGACCACUGAUCUGGACUCUGCUGGCCCUGCACCAGAUCCGCGCGGCCGGAGCCCAAGAUGACGUGGCCCCCUACUUCAAGACGGAGCCGGUGCGAACACAGGUGCACCUGGAGGGGAAUCGCCUGGUACUCACGUGCAUGGCCGAGGGCAGCUGGCCACUGGAGUUCAAGUGGCUACACAACGACAGGGAGCUGACCAAGUUCUCUCUGGAGUACAGGUACAUGAUCACCAGCCUGGACCGCACCCACGCCGGCUUCUACCGCUGCAUCGUGCGUAACCGGAUGGGCGCUCUGCUGCAGCGGCAAACCGAGGUCCAGGUGGCCUACAUGGGGAGCUUUGAGGAAAGUCAGAAGCACCAGAGCGUCUCCCACGGAGAAGCGGCCAUCAUCCGCGCCCCACGCAUCGCCAGCUUCCCACGGCCGCAGGUGACUUGGUUCCGGGACGGCCGCAAGAUCCCGCCCAGCAGCCGCAUAGCCAUCACCCUGGAGAACGCCCUUGUCAUCCUGUCAACGGUGGCUCCCGACGCAGGCCGCUACUACGCGCAAGCUGUUAAUGACAAGAAUGGGGAUAACAAGACCAGCCAGCCCAUCGCUCUCGCCGUGGAGAAUGUAGGGGGCCCCGCAGACCCCAUCGCUCCAACCAUCAUCAUUCCUCCCAAGAACACCAGCGUGGUGACCGGGACCUCGGAGGUGACCAUGGAGUGCGUGGCCAAUGCCAGGCCCCUGAUCAAGCUGCACAUCACUUGGAAGAAGGAUGGGGUGCUGCUGUCCAGCGGCAUCAGCGACUACAACCGCCGGCUCACCAUCCCCAACCCUACGGGCAGCGACGCCGGUUACUACGAGUGUGAGGCCAUCCUUCGCGGCAGCAGUGCCGCCUCUGUCGUCCGUGGCGCCUACCUGUCUGUGCUGGAACCGCCUCAGUUUGUCAAGGAGCCAGAGAGACACAUCACAGCAGAGAUGGAGAAAGUGGUGGACGUCCCCUGUCGGGCCAAAGGUGUGCCGCCACCCUCCAUCACCUGGUACAAGGACUCGGCCGUGGUGGAGGUGGGGAGGCUAAGCCGCUUCCAGCAGCGAGGCGACGGGGGCCUGCAGAUCAGCGGGCUAGUGCCCGACGACACCGGCAUGUUCCAGUGCUUCGCCCGCAACGCGGCCGGCGAGGUGCAGACCUCCACCUACCUGGCCGUCACCAGCAUCGCCCCCAACAUCACCAGGGGCCCCCUGGACAGCACGGUGAUUGACGGCAUGUCAGUGGUGCUGGCUUGUGAGACUUCGGGGGCGCCCCGGCCGGCCAUCACUUGGCAGAAAGGGGAGCGCAUCCUGGCCAGCGGCUCAGUCCAGCUGCCUCGCUUCACGCUCCUGGAAUCCGGCAGCCUGCUCAUCAGCCCCACGCACACCUCCGACGCCGGCACCUACACCUGUUUGGCCACCAACUCUCGGGGGGUCGACGAAGCCUCGGCCGACCUGGUUGUGUGGGCCCGGACGCGCAUCACCAAGCCCCCCCAGGACCAGAGCGUCAUCAAGGGAACCCAGGCCUCCAUGAUGUGUGGAGUGACCCACGACCCCCGAGUGACUGUCAGGUACGUCUGGGAGAAGGAUGGGGCCACAUUGAGCAUGGAGGGCAACCCCCGCAUCCGUCUGGACAGAAACGGCUCCCUGCACAUCUCUCAGACGUGGUCCGGGGACAUCGGCACCUACACCUGCCGGGUGCUCUCAGCCGGAGGCAAUGACUCUCGCAGUGCCCACCUGCGUGUGAGGCAGCUGCCUCAUGCCCCUGAGCACCCAGUGGCGACUCUCAGCGCCGCGGAGAGAAGGGCCGUCAACCUGACAUGGGCCAAGCCCUUCGACGGCAACAGCCCGCUGAUCCGCUACGUCCUGGAGAUGUCGGAGAACAAUGCCCCCUGGACGGUGCUCCUGGCCAGCGUGGACCCCGAGGCCACCUCGGUGAUGGUCAAGGGCUUGGUUCCCGCACGUUCCUACCAGUUCCGUCUUUGUGCCGUCAACGACGUGGGGAGAGGACAGUUCAGCAAAGACACAGAGAGGGUCUCCCUUCCUGAGGAGCCCCCCACGGCCCCUCCACAGAAUGUCAUCGCCAGCGGCCGGACCAACCAGUCCAUCAUGAUCCAGUGGCAGCCACCUCCCGAGAGCCACCAGAAUGGCAUCCUUAAGGGCUACAUCAUCAGGUACUGCCUGGCCGGGCUGCCUGUUGGGUACCAGUUUAAGAACAUCACGGAUGCUGAUGUCAACAACCUGCUGCUGGAGGACCUCAUCAUCUGGACCAACUACGAGAUCGAGGUGGCCGCCUACAACAGCGCCGGACUGGGUGUCUAUAGCAGCAAAGUCACCGAGUGGACACUGCAGGGAGUGCCCACGGUCCCUCCGGGCAACGUGCAUGCAGAAGCCACCAACUCCACGACCAUCCGCUUCACCUGGACUGCCCCCAGCCCCCAGUUCAUCAACGGCAUCAACCAGGGCUACAAGCUGAUGGCCUGGGAGCCAGAGCAGGAAGAGGAGGUUACCAUGGUGACCGCCCGGCCCAACUUUCAAGACAGCAUCCACGUGGGCUUUGUGUCGGGCCUGAAGAAGUUCACUGAGUACUUCACCUCGGUGCUGUGCUUCACCACCCCCGGUGACGGGCCUCGCAGCACCCCGCAGCUGGCGCGCACCCACGAGGACGUGCCAGGGCCCGUGGGACACCUGAGCUUCACUGAAAUCCUGGACACCUCGCUGAAGGUCAGCUGGCAAGAACCAGGGGAGAAGAACGGCAUUCUCACAGGAUAUCGGAUCUCCUGGGAGGAGUAUAACCGGACCAACACCCGCGUGACGCACUACCUGCCCAACGUCACCCUGGAGUACCGCGUCACGGGCCUCACCGCGCUCACCACCUACACCAUCGAGGUGGCCGCCAUGACCGCCAAGGGCCAGGGCCAGGUGUCUGCCUCAACCAUCUCCUCCGGGGUGCCUCCAGAACUCCCAGGAGCCCCCACCAACCUGGGCAUUUCCAACAUCGGCCCCCGCUCCGUGACCUUGCAGUUCAGGCCAGGUUAUGAUGGGAAGACCUCCAUCUCCCGCUGGCUGGUGGAGGCCCAGGUGGGCGUGGUCGGGGAGGGAGAGGAGUGGCUGCUGAUUCACCAGCUCCCCAACGAGCCCGACGCCCGGUCCAUGGAGGUGCCCGACCUGAACCCCUUCACCUACUACAGCUUCCGCAUGCGCCAGGUGAAUAUCGUGGGCACUAGCCCACCCAGCCAGCCUUCCAGAAAGAUCCAGACCCUCCAGGCGCCCCCUGACAUGGCCCCGGCCAACGUGACGCUGCGCACGGCGAGUGAGACCAGCCUGUGGCUCCGCUGGGUGCCUCUCCCAGAGAUGGAAUACAACGGGAACCCCGAGUCGGUGGGCUACAAGAUCAAGUACAGCCGGGCGGACGGCCACGGCAAGACGCUGAGCCACGUGGUCCAAGACCGCGUGGAACGGGAGUACACCAUCGAAGACCUGGAGGAGUGGACGGAGUACCGCGUCCAGGUGCAGGCCUUCAACGCCAUCGGGAGCGGGCCCUGGAGCCAGACGGUGUUGGGCAGGACCCGGGAGUCAGUGCCGUCCUCGGGCCCCACCAACGUGUCUGUGCUGGCCACCACCUCCAGCAGCAUGCUGGUUCGCUGGAGCGAAGUCCCAGAGGCCGACCGCAACGGGCUGGUGCUGGGCUACAAGGUGCUGUAUAAGGAGAAGGACUCAGACUCCCAGCCCCGGUUCUGGCUGGUGGAAGGGAACUCGUCACGCAGCGCCCAGCUCACAGGCCUGGGCAAAUACGUGCUGUACGAGGUGCAGGUGCUAGCCUUCACGCGCAUCGGGGACGGCAGCCCCAGCCAUCCUGCCAUCCUGGAGCGGACGCUGGAUGACGUCCCGGGACCACCCAUGGGCAUCCUGUUCCCAGAGGUGAGGACCACCUCGGUGCGGCUGAUCUGGCAGCCCCCCGCCGCCCCCAACGGCAUCAUUCUGGCCUACCAGAUCACACACAGGCUCAACGCCACCACGGCCAACGCUGCCACGGUGGAGGUGCUCGUGCCCAGCGCCCGCCAGUUCACGGCCACCGGCCUCAAGCCAGAGUCUGUCUACCUGUUCCGCAUCACGGCCCAGACACGCAAGGGCUGGGGAGAGGCCGCCGAGGCCCUGGUGGUGACCACGGAGAAGAGAGACCGCCCGCAGCCCCCCAGCAAGCCCGUGGUGCAGCAGGAGAACGUGAAGGCACGCAGCGUGCUCCUGUCCUGGGAGCCCGGGAGCGACGGGCUGUCCCCCGUGCGCUACUACACCAUCCAGACCCGCGAGCUGCCCAGCGGCAGGUGGGCCCUGCACUCAGCCUCUGUGAGCCACAACGCCUCCGCCUUCGUUGUGGACAGGCUCAAGCCUUUCACGUCCUACAAGUUCCGAGUGAAGGCCACCAAUGACAUCGGGGACAGUGAGUUCAGCAAGGAGUCGGAACCACUGACCACCCUGCAGGCCGCCCCUGAUGAAGCACCCACAAUUGUCUCGGUGACACCGCACACCACCACCUCCGUGCUGAUCCGAUGGCAGCCACCAUCAGAAGACAAGAUCAACGGCAUCCUCCUGGGCUUCCGGAUCCGGUACCGGGAGCUGCUCUACGAGGGUCUGAGGGGCUUCACGCUGCGUGGCAUCAACAACCCGGGGGCCAAGUGGGCAGAGCUCACCUCCUUGUACUCCGUGCGGGACCUGAGCCGGCCCAGCCUCACGCAGUACGAGCUGGACAACCUGAACAAGCACCGGCGCUACGAAAUACGCAUGAGUGUGUACAACACUGCGGGCGAGGGGCCCUCCAGCCCCCCACACGAGGUCUUCGUCGGGGAGGCAGUGCCCACGGCAGUGCCCCGCAACGUGGCUGUCCACGGCGCCACGGCCACGCAGCUGGAUGUGACGUGGGACCCACCGCCGCCGGAAAGCCAGAACGGAGACAUCCAGGGCUACAAGAUUUAUUUCUGGGAGGCCCAGCGGCGGAACCUCACGGAGCGGGUGAAGACGCUUUUCCUAGCCGAGAACGGCGUCAAACUCAAGAACCUGACCGGCUACACCGCCUACAUGGUCAGCGUGGCGGCCUUCAACGCCGCGGGGGACGGGCCUCGGAGCACGCCGGCCCGGGGCCAGACCCAGCAAGCAGCCCCCAGUGCUCCCAGCUCCGUCAAGUUCAGUGAACUGACCACCACCUCAGUGAACGUGUCCUGGGAGGCUCCGCAGUUCCCCAAUGGUGUCCUGGAGGGCUACCGGCUGGUGUACGAGCCCUGCACCCCCGUGGACGGAGUCAGUAAGAUCGUGACGGUGGAUGUGAAGGGCAGCAGCCCUCUGUGGCUGAAGGUGAAGGACCUGGCGGAGGGGAUGACCUACAGGUUCCGUAUCAGAGCCAAGACCUUCACCUACGGGCCCGAGAUCGAAGCCAACGUCACCACGGGCCCCGGAGAAGGUGCCCCCGGGCCGCCCGGAGUGCCCAUCAUCGUGCGGUACAGCUCGGCCAUUGCCAUCCACUGGUCCAGCGGAGACCCCGGCAAAGGCCCCAUCACCCGCUACGUCAUAGAAGCCAGACCUUCAGACGAGGGGCUCUGGGACAUCCUCAUCAAAGACAUCCCCAAGGAGGUGACGUCCUACACGUUCAGCAUGGACAUCCUCAAGCCAGGCGUGAGCUAUGACUUCCGGGUCAUCGCUGUCAACGACUACGGCUUCGGCACCCCCAGCAGCCCCUCCCAGUCUGUGCCAGCCCAGAAAGCCAACCCCUUCUACGAGGAGUGGUGGUUCUUGGUGGUCAUCGCGCUCGUUGGCCUCAUCUUCAUUCUGCUCCUGGUCUUCGUGCUCAUCAUCCGGGGCCAGAGCAAGAAGUACGCCAAGAAGACAGACUCGGGGACCAAUCCCAAGUCUGGUGCCCUGGGCCAUGGGGAGAUGAUGAGCUUGGACGAAAGCAGUUUUCCUGCCCUAGAACUCAACAACCGGCGGCUCUCAGUCAAGAACUCCUUCUGCCGAAAGAACGGCCUGUAUACCAGGUCUCCUCCUCGGCCCAGCCCGGGCAGCCUCCACUACUCCGACGAGGACGUCACCAAGUACAACGACCUCAUCCCAGCCGAGAGCAGCAGCCUGACCGAGAAGCCCUCGGAAAUCUCUGACUCUCAGGGAAGCGACAGCGAGUACGAGGUCGACCCGAGCCCCCAGAAGGCCCACUCUUUUGUCAACCACUACAUCAGUGACCCCACCUAUUACAACUCGUGGAGGCGGCAGCAGAAGGGGAUCUCGCGGGCCCAGGCCUACAGCUACACGGAGAGCGACCCGGGCGAGCCAGACCCCACCGCCCUGUCCAACGGCAGCAGCGCCCAGCAGGGCAGCCUCUUUCGGCCCAAGGCCAGUCGGACCCCAACGCCCCAAAACCCCCCGAACCCCCCGAGUCAGCAGAGCACCCUCUACCGUCCCCCCAGCAGCCUCGCCCCUGGCUCCCGGGCUCCUAUAGCAGGAUUUUCAUCAUUUGUUUGAUGUCAUCCUCGUUGUCGGAAGAGGAAAAAGAAAACACAGCACCAAACUCCCCUUCCGCCCCUCCUCGCACCGCCUGCCAGAAAAGAGAAACACCAAGAAACCAAGUCAACUUUUCACCUCCUGAGUUUAUUUUUCCAGAGAUUCCAGGGCCAGCAAAGCCGGUGUUGAGAAGGAUGGAGAAAAACCACGAGAGGACGUGUGUGGCUUCGAGACUGUGGGGUUUGCUGCUCCUUCGGGGGGCUGAGCAGAGUAGGGGGGCUGGCUGCGGUGGACACGAGUGGGUUGGGCCCCUGGAGAGAGAGGGAGGGAGGGAGGGAGGGAG